UUGGGUGCAGAAGACUCCAAUACUCAAGGGUGCCGUAACUUUAAGAAGCGACUCUGCAGUUCCAACACCAGAGAACUCCAGUUCCAGAGAGACAGGCUGUAACAGCAGGCUUUGGUGUACAAGUGCUGUGGCGUUUCAGCAUGCUGAAAAUGAGACAAGUGCUCCUGGCAUUGUGCACAGUCUGUGCGCUGCUCUCCGCAGCUUCCGCUCUGAACUGCAACUCGUGCGUGCCGACAGUCAGUGGAACCUGCACAGACACCACCAUGACCUGCCCAGCCUCACAGCCCCAGUGUGCAGUCGCAGCAGUGUCAGUCAACGUAGCUGGUACUAAAAAAACGAUCAACAUGAAGUCAUGCUCAGAACCUGAAGCCUGCAAUGGGCCGAUAUCCCUCAACUUUGGAAUCCAAAGGACAACUAUAAAUGCUAAAUGUUGCACCACAGAUUUGUGCAACACUGGGUCCGUUCCAGCGUAUGCCGACAGUACCCCUUCUGGUCUGGAGUGUUAUGGAUGCAUAGGACAGGACUGCAGAGACACUAUGAAGUGCCUUGGCGUUGAAGACCGUUGUCUGAAGGUUGUAGUUGAAGCACAGGGAUCGAAGAUAGUGACGAAGGGAUGCGCUUCCAAAAAUGUUUGUGUUUCUCAAUCGAUGCAGAUUCCUGGUUUAUCCGGAUCAAUUUACUGCUGCGAGGGCAAACUGUGCAACGGGGCCCGUCGGGUCGGGCAGAACAUCCCGCUGCUGCUGCUUCCACUUCUAACUUUCAAGCUGCUGUUUUAAACCAGGGCUGCCCUCUAUUGGCCAACGCAGGUCCUGGAACCCAACCCCCCC